UUCAAAUCUUUUUGUUUUAACUAAUUUUAAGUAGAUAUAAUAUUUAAUUAUAAAAUUUUUAUUUGCAGCUUCAUAAACACACAUUAAAUACAACCUGUUGACAACCACUAAUUCCGAGAAAUUUCCGAGGCGUAUUUUCUGUUAUUUAAUGCUACCAAAACAAAGUUUCAGCGAGCAUUCCUGAAUGACCUGACAUCUUGAGUUUUUUAUAAAUAUACUUUAUUGUGCUAGCUACAGAUAUACUUUAAAGUAUAUACUUAGAAUGAAAAAUAAGACAACUGGUUAAAAAAUAAUUCCACAAGGAAUUUAAAAAUCAUGGCUCAGUCAACAAAAGAGAAUGACACUAAUGCAAGAUUAAAUGAAGCCAUCAAGUGUAAUGUAUGUCUCGAGCAACUAUGCAAUCCUAAAAUAUUGCAAUGUUUUCAUACCUUCUGUAAAGAUUGUCUGGACCACGUAAUCCAAUGGGAAUAUAGUGGUGCUGGUACUAUAAAAUGCCCAUUGAUGUGCGCAGAAUUGACUAACAUUACAUUAACAGGCACUACCAAUGAUUUGCCACCAAAUUACAAUCUUGCAAGUGUCAUUGAUGUGUUGUCUAGCUCAAAUAGCAGAACAUGCAAAGCAGACGAAAAUUGUACAUCUGAGAUCAGCAGAUAUUGUGCAGAAUGCAACGUUAAGACUUGUAAGAUUUGCUGGUCAAAGCAUUUAUGUAAUGGUACCAUGCCUCAAGUUUUGAGAAGGAAAGAUGGGAGCAAUGAAAGUGCAAGAUACACUCCAAUAACAUUUGAUGUAAAGACAGGUUGUUUUCAACCAUAUUGUGAAAAACAUUCCACUAUCGCCCAUCACCUUUGCAAGACAUGCAAAAAUUGCUUUGUUUGUAUCUAUUGUAAACAUCGAUUACACUUAGGGCAUGAUUUUUCAUCUGUUAAAAGUGCAGCUAAAGCUAUUCGAAAUUUUAUUGAUUCAAAACUUGAAACGGCUACAACAGAAGAGGAAGACUCCUCAGAAUUAAAAGCAAUACUCAAAUUAUCUAUAACUGAAUUCCAAAAAACACGCAUGUUACUUUUUCAAGAGUUAAGAAACCGCGAAAUAACAAUUGCAAAAGAUCUUCUUGAAUCUUUAGCCAAAGAAGAGAGUACAAUCUUGAAAACAUUUGAUGAUGAAGUUCGAACAUUUUACAAUGAAAUUGCUCUUUUUUUGGAUAAAGGCAAACUGAAAGAAAGUUUGGAAUUUUUAACGGAGAUAAAAAACAAGGAGGAUUUCUGCGUUAUAAAAUCAACAAAACGCGUAAAAUCAAAGAUAGAUAAGCUCCUUUCAUCUACAGUUCCCACACUGAAUGUAAAUUUAGGUGAUAUUCAACCAGUGCCUAACUCUUAUAGACAAUACUUAGGGGUGUUAGAUGUCGAAAGACAGAACGAACCUAAGAAAUCUCUGACUAGCUUUGUGCAGUGCAAGAUGAAAAACAUUGAGAUGUCGAAUGUGUAUUCGAAUGCUGCUAGAAAGUUGAAACAAUUUCCUUUACUGCUGGACAAGUUUGGAAAGCAUGAGAAUGAAGGGACAGUUGUAAGAUAUCAGCGAGUGCCAAUAGAUGUUCAAUUUGGGCAUGACAUGGCAAAUUGUAUCACAAUGAUGGAUGAGUACAGUCAAUACUCACUUGAGGAGUUGCGUUUAGUUGAUUAUAUACUGAAGAGGAAGGGUUUUCCUUCGAGAAAAAAUGUACAUCCCUCUGAAGAUGAAAAGAAGAAAAAGAAAGAUAUAUGCAGUGGUUAUGACUUCUCCAGCAUGUUAUCACCUGAUCUGGAAAAUUUAUCGUUCACAGAUGUUGCUGAUGUGAAAAUGCAAAGUCCAGAAAAACCGAUUUUGUUCUCCAACACUAGUUUUUUAACAUCCAAUUGUAAUGGGAGAAGAAGAAGACGUGUGCGUUCUUCGAAGUGGUAACCAGUAGUCUAUCAAGUUGACUUGACAUUAAACUUUGAUCAAAUGUUCUCGGUAAUUUGUCGUAACAAGUUCUCGAAAUGAAAAUAAAAUGUUCUGGUUAUUUCGUGGAAACAAGCUCUCGAAAUGAAAAUAAAAUGUUCUGGUUAUUUCGUCGAUACAAUCUAUCAAAAUGAUAAUAAAUGUUCUGGUUAUUUCGUCGAAACAAUCUAUCGAAAUGAUGAUAAAAUGUUCUUCUUAUUUCGUCGAAACAAUCUAUCGAAAUGAUAAUAAAAUGUUCUGGUUAUUUCGUCGAAACAAUCUGUCGAAAUGAUACACCACACUUACUUUAACGUUCCAGGAAUGGAAACAAAUGAUUUGUCAAUUUUUAAAGUUUGCAUUAUGUUAUGUUUAUUAAUAAGCAGUAGUCUAAUAGGGUCUCUUACUGGGUUUUUCAACAUGGUAAUCUCUUUGUGUUGAUAAAUACUAAUGUGGAAGUA